CCCGGCCGGGGCGCGAUGGGCCGGAGGCGGCGGCGGCCGCCGCGCUGCAGACGGGCGCGCCCGGAGGCCGAGCCGGCGCCGUGAGCGGCCUGAGCCGCCCCGGGACCCCCAGGCAGCUGUGCCCUGAUGGAUAUAGAUCUGGACUAUGAGAGACCCAAUGUUGAGACCAUUAAGUGCGUGGUUGUCGGGGAUAAUGCCGUGGGCAAGACACGCCUCAUCUGUGCCAGGGCCUGCAAUGCCACCCUCACCCAGUACCAGCUGUUGGCCACCCACGUGCCGACCGUCUGGGCCAUCGACCAGUACCGCGUGUGCCAGGAGGUGCUGGAGCGCUCCCGGGACGUGGUGGACGAGGUCAGCGUUUCUCUGCGGCUCUGGGACACCUUCGGGGACCACCACAAGGACAGGCGGUUUGCCUACGGCAGGUCAGAUGUGGUGGUUCUCUGCUUCUCCCUGGCGAACCCCAACUCCCUGCGCCAUGUGAAGACCAUGUGGUAUUCGGAGAUCAAGCACUUCUGCCCACGGACGCCCAUUGUGCUGGUAGGGUGCCAGCUGGACCUGCGCUAUGCCGACCUGGAGGCAGUCAACCGGGCCCGGCGCCCUCUGGCAAAGCCCAUCAGACCCACGGACAUCCUGCCGCCCGAGCGGGGCCACGAGGUGGCCAAGGAGCUGGGGGUGCCGUACUACGAGACCAGCGUGGUGGCACAGUUCGGCAUCAAGGAUGUCUUUGACAACGCCAUCCGCGCCGCCCUCAUCUCCCGCCGCCACCUGCAGUUCUGGAAAUCCCACCUGAAGAAGAUGCAGAGGCCCUUGCUGCAGGCACCCUUCCUGCCCCCCAAGCCACCCCCGCCUGUCAUCCACAUCCCGGCCCCCCCCACAAGUGGUGGCCAGGGCCCCGCCACCCUCUUCUGCACCUCUCUCUGCGCUGAUGUGGUCUUCCAGCUGCAGGGUGGGCACAGAGUCUUUGCCCAUCGUGUCUACCUGGCCACGUCUUGCUCCAAGUUCUAUGACCUCUUCACCCUGGAGGGGUCGGCGACCCAGGCCGGGGAGCCCUGUGGUGUGGAGUGGCGGGCGGCCAAGGAGCCAGCUGCCAGGACUAAGAGCCUGGACAUGGAGAAGGGCCUCCUAGAUGAUGGUGCCCAGGCCCCGCUCAGGACUUCGCAGAGUGAUGAUCCCCUGCGGCUGGUGCAGGGCGAGGGCCAGCAGCUGCCAGGGGCCAGGGGCCAGGAGCUGUCAGGCUGGGGCCGGGGCUUUGUCAGCAUGCAGCUGGAGUCGGUUCAGGACCCCGUGACCCAGCGGGAGAAGCAGAUGACGGUGGUGUACAUGGACUGCCUGGUCCAGCCGGGGCCCUUCCAGGCAGUGCUGGAGUACCUGUACACAGGCCACCUGGACCAGGGCCGCGCAGAUCUCAUGCAGGUGGCCAGCAUCGCCGAGCUGCUGGAGGUCUUCGACCUGCGCAUGAUGGUGGCCAAUGUGCUGAACAAGGAGAGUUUCAUGAACCAAGAGAUCACCAAAGCCUUCCAUGUGCGCCGUGCCAACCGCAUCAAGGAGUGCCUCAGCAGGGGCGUCUUUGCGGACGUUGUGUUCCUGGUGGAUGACGGCUCGGUGCCGGCCCACAAGCCGCUGCUCAUCGCGGGCUGUGAUUGGAUGGUGGCCAUGUUCUGCGGCAACUUCCGGGAGAGCUACGCCACGGAGGUCUCCCUGCCUGGCACCAAGUGUGCCUGCCUGCGUGCCGUCCUGGAGUUCCUCUACACUGGGCACUUCACCCCCACGCCUGACCUGGAUGCCAUGGAACUGCUGAUCUUAACCAACCGCCUGUGUCUGCCGCGGCUGCAGGCACUCACAGAGCAGCAUGCUGUGGACGAGCUGCUCCGAGCCUACGUGCAGCAGGUGGAGAUCGACCAGCAGGUGAUCAUCUACCUGGAGAUGACUCAGUUCCACAAUGCCCAGCAGCUGGCCGCCUGGUGCCUGCACCACAUCUGCACCAACUACAACAGUGUCUGCCGCCGCUUCCCCAGGGAGAUGAAGUACAUGGCACCAGAGAACAAGGCGCACUUUGAGAGGCACCGCUGGCCGCCCGUCUGGUACCUGAAGGAGGAGGAUCUGUACCUGCGCUCGAAGAAGGAGCGGGACCUGGAAGAGCAGCUGCUGCGGAAGCAGCGCACCCGCAGCACGUGGUGCUUCUGGCGCCCCUCGCCCCACGUCUCCUGAGCCCUGCCCGCGGGGGAGCUUGGCCCCAGGGCCAUUCGGGUGGGGGAGCUGGGUAGGGCUGGGAGCUGGGUGCCCAUGCCAGCCAGGGCCCCUCGUUCCCGCUUCCGUGGGCGCUGCAGCUGUCCCUGCCUGACUGCACCGGCGGGGCUCCUGGGCGCUGCAGCUGUCCCUGCCUGACUGCACCGGCGGGGCUCCUGGGCGCUGCAGCUGUCCCUGCCUGACUGCACCGGCGGGGCUCCUGGCCACUGCUGCCCUUAGUUUACAUCUGUGGCUCUGCUGCAGCUUGGCGGUGCCUUCGUCCCAUGGCCCUGCAGGGGCCCAAACCCAGCGCAGCUGGGGGCUGCGUGUGAUCUAUCAGGAGUGGGGGCUGCCUUCCUGACUCCACUGUGCUCUGGGGAGGGGCACCCAGCUGUGUGGGGGAGGCUGGCUUUGCCCUCCUUCCCUGAUGGUGGGGGUGCUGCCGGGGCCCCCCAAGGGACCUCAGAGCAGCACUCUGACCCCUGCAGGAUCCGGCCUGCAUCUCCUCUCCCUGGUCCAGGCUCCCCCGAGGCCUCGGGCAGCAGAGCUGUGCAGUGGGGGUUGGCUCAGUGAGCUGAGUGGUGGGGAGCUGUGGGUGGCGGGGGGAGGGUGGGGAAGCGUGGGGGGAGGAUUUCUCCCUGCCCCUGGGAGACCCCCAGAGUAGUGAUGGGGGGCAGAGGUGUGUACUUGUGGGAUGCAGCUGGGGCCAGAGCUGCAGUUGAGGGUCUGAGCUCUGGGGGUGCAUGUGGGAGCUGGGUUUGGGCAGGAGAUGUGUGUGUGUUUUUGGUAGUUGUAGAAGCUCCGCCCUUCCCCCUUUGUGCUUUGCCUGCUCUGGGGCCAGGGCAGCCCAGAGCCCCUGACCGGCUCCUCUCUGUGCCUUUGACACUACAAGCCUCUUCCCCAACUCACCCUGUCUCCUGGGAGGGGCUGGGUCCCUGUCGUCCUCCGGGAGGUGCCCUGAGCCUGGGCUAUGGCCCCUCCCCUUUUUCUACACUAUGGUGCAUUAAGGGAACUGCCCAGUGCUGGCAGGGCUCCCCCUCCCUGGGGCUCCGCGAGCCACCUGCACAAUGGUUUUUACACUUUUCUAUGGAUCCCGACUCCUGCCAGGCCUCACGGAGCACACCGUUCCCCUGCUGAGCCGUCACCUCACUCCGACGAAAGGGCUGUUUGUAUCCACGUUUCUAACCACUGUGAGCUGGCCCAGCACUGCCCUUGCCCGCAGCCUGGCCUUUUUACACCUCGCAGUAUUGGACUGUUUUAACCUUUAAUAAAACCUUUUGUAAUGUG